GCAUUUUCUGGUUGGUUUAUGAAGGAGGUUCGUACAGCGAUUGUUCGACAAAACAUCAAAAUGGUUGAAACUAGAUGUUCUUUAUUCCCCGAGAACCCGGCCUAUUGCGAUGCGAUCGUCGGAGUUAAACGAACCAUCGCUACGAUUUCGAUGAUUGGAAGCCUCUUCAUUGUGUUUAUCAUAUGGCUGUUCAAGAAGUACAAGUACUUCACUCAGAGACUUAUUCUGUUCCUGAGUAUUGCAGCCUUUCUCAAUGCUGUUGCAAUGUUUAUGGGUGUGCUACAUCCGAAACCAGGGGCCCAGUGCAUUUUUCAAGCAUGGUGGCUGUCUUUCUUUGAUUAUGCCUUGCUACUGUGGGUGUGCUGUAUAACAUUCAACUUGUACAGGAAUGCAAUAAAUAAAGUCAGGACUGAACAUUUUGAAAAAUGGUAUCACUUGGUGUCGUGGGGUAUUCCGCUGGUCUGCUCGCUGCUACCAUUCGUCGGUGACCAUUAUGGACCAGCAGGAGCAUGGUGUUGGAUUGCUGACAAUAGUGAAGACGUUUCUCUUUGGAGAUUCAUGAUAUGGUAUGUUCCUCUUUUCAUCUGCAUUCUUGCCAUGUUUGCAACAUAUGCCUACAUCUUUAUCAGCUACAGAAAACAGGCUAAAAGUUGGGGAGGGACAUACAGUGCUGAAGAUGAGCGAAAUAAGGCCAUGAUGAAAGAACAUGUUCGUCCACUGAUGGCCUACCCAUGCAUCUAUCUCGCCACUUCUAUAUUUCCUCUGAUUCACAGGAUCUACAAUGCCUCGACAAGCACGCCCAGUUUCCCACUUCUUCUGUUACAUGUGAUCUCAACACCACUCAUAGGCGCACUGAAUGCAGUUUUCUUUGGCAUUGACAAGGAGACACUCGGUCGACUUAAUUGGCCUCAGAUGAAGGUCGCAUUCCAGCAACACUCCAAAACGCGUAAACCGCUGGUAAGAGAAUAUCCCGUGGGCGACACCACGGAGACUCGGCCCAAUGACGACUCAUCCUGGGGAUCCACAGGGUCUAGCGAUGCACGUGAUACGCAUGCGCCGCCAACACUACAACCGCCGACCGUACACAUCACGGGCCCAACACCACCAUCAUCGCAUCGAGGAUCCACCAAUGAAAUUACGAGGGACGAGUGAAAAUAAUCAGAUGAUAAUGGUUUCAAGAUAAAAUGAUAAUAGGGUUAGCGCUUAGAGAUCACGUGACCUUUUUGGGUGGCAAAUUCAAAACAAAAUAAUCAAACCAAAAAAUCAGAAAUCACUGCGCCCAUCAUAACAGAGAACGACGAAGAAAUAAACUAUUUAAACAAAACUUAACCCUUUCUGAAAAAAAGAGUCCUUGGUUGUUUUUGUAAGUUUCGUUGCUGUUAUUUUGCCGCUAAAAGGCUGAGCGCGCGCAAAUUUGCCACCCAAAAAGUCACGUGAUGUCAGCGCAAGUCCCUAUUGUGUAAGAUAUAGAUAGUAUCAUGAAACACUUUCCACAGUUAAAUUAAUUUUAAAAGCAUAAAAUACGGAUUGAUGCUUACUUUUCCAUAAAUUUGGUUUUUAAUAUAUGAAAAUAAUGAAACUCCUGAGCGACAAUGGCUUCGGUGGCCGUCUUUUAUAAUAUUUGAAUCCCCUUGCUUCAUUAGUAUCUUAUACAGAUCAAGGUCAAAUCAAUGGGCCCCUAUCAAUUGCUAAUAGGUGUGUAUAAAAUAAAAGUAGUACGUCAUUGCAGAGUCGGUCAAGCGCCUUGUGAUGCCCGCACCCUGUAAAAGAUGCCCUACAAUAUCCUUUUCCAGUCCUUUAGGACCGGAAAAGGGGAGUAUCCACGAAUUGUUAAAGGGGGGCGUGCAUUCUUAGGUAUCAUGUGGAAAAAGUAUAGUAUUUCGGUGGGGAAAACGGUGAUUAGGCCCCCCUUCCCUUUUACGAACCUGUAUAAAGGUGGACUCAGUUGUCCGUCACCCCCUUUUCAAACACUAUCAACAAUCUUUCUGUACAGAUUACUCUCAUGAGAAACAUAUUUUGUCGGGUGAGACAGGCUAAAAUGAAUUUCAGUUUCAAAUAUACCAGUUUGUAAAUAUCUUUUAGGGGCUUUGUAAGUAGUGUUACCAAUAAAGUAUAUACAUAAUUA